CCCGGGGAUUUUUUGACUCGUCCGGAUUUGAUCUCAGGUUUCCCUAAGCGGUAGGAUGCCACUUCGACCCUCGGCCAUCCGGCCGUCUGUGCUUUUAGUAUUGUGUAUACCCUAAAUUAAAAAAUCACGGAACGUUGGCUGAGAGAGGUUUUGAAGAAAAAUGUAGCAAGUAUAGUACUUCAAAUGUUUCCAGUGACAAGGAGACUGAAAAGAUGGAUACAAACGAAGAAACCAAGAAAGAGAAGGAAAAAAGGAAACGAACACGCAUAAAUUUUAACAUUUGGCAAUUAUCAGAGCUGGAAAAAGCAUUUCGUGCUAGUCACUAUCCUGAUUUAUAUGCCAGGGAAGCUCUAGCACUGAGAUUGGAUUUAGUCGAAUCUAGAGUACAGGUUUGGUUUCAAAACCGUCGAGCCAAAUGGAGAAGGAAGGAGAACACGAAAAAGGGUCCAGGACGCCCAUCUCAAAACUCAUUACCGAAAAGUUGCAGCGGCGAACCGAUAUCCGAAGAGGAAUUAAAGAAAAAAGCUAAAAAUCAGCGUAUAAAAAAGUUAUAUCGUCAAUUGGAACGACAGGUGGAGCGCUUAGAGCAAAAGAAAAUCGCUAAAAACGUCACAAUCGAAUCGGUACGUCAAACUGUUAAAGAAUUGGAAAGCGCCAAUUACGUUUUUUCUAGAAAGAUGACGUCACGACUGCAAUUGUUGGGACUGUUAACACGAAAAACAACGCUCUUUACUAUCGAGAGUCUUUUGUCGGAUAAAAGGCAUACAAAUAGCCAUGAAUCUGUACCGUUCUUACACCCGUCCUGCUAAUUUCUAUAAAUAAAUACUCUACUAAAUGUUAAGCUUUUUCAGAGAAAUUUCUUUAAAAUUUAGAGCGUUUUCUAGGGAUUUUUCGCAAUUUUCUGUUAACA